UAGAACAUAGUUUUGGAAAUUGUAAUAUUGACUGAAUCAAAUGGUAACGGGUUUUAAAAAUAUUGAUUCCUAAGAGUUUUAAGCUUUGUAUCUCGGAAAAAGAAAUUAACAUAAGAUUUAAAAGUAUUGUGUUUUCUUGGGGAGAAAGCUGACUGUGUUUUUUAGAAAUCAGUAGCACAAUGUAAACAGGUAAAAAUCUACAGUACGAAAAUAGUAGACAUGUGACAUGUCUCCAAUGUAGUCAUAUGUUUUGGUACUUCACUUAAGUGAAAUAAAAAGUCAAUGCUAAAAGCAAUAAAAGGCUUAAACAUUUGAAGGAGUUAGCUUUUACUCAAAAUUCUUCUUUAAUUUCAUGCAGCAACAAAAAGGUGCAGCACAUUUCCAAACACCUCGCAGUUCGUGAAGAGUAGUCGCGCCGUAUUUUCCAGUUCCCUUCGUGUUUGGAGAUGUGGUAAACACGGUCUCUCUUGCCUUGAGUUGUGUUAUGCACCGCUAUACCAGUGCAUCGUGCUUUUAUAAGUUACGCAUGCGCAGGGUUGAUCUUCUCCCAUGUUACGGAAAAACAGUCAUAAACUAAUCUUUACUUUGCUCCCCUCCAAUUAUUUAUUUAAUAUCUCUAUUUUGAUGUUUAAGGCAUAUCUCGUUUACUCGGAGUUCAUGAGUGAAGAUUCUUAGUUUUAAUUUUAUUUUAACCACGUUUUUGAUUCAAAAAAUGCGUAGUACAAUCUCCCUUGGUAUUGCCCCUUUAAAUGGGAUCAGGAAAUCGGAUACGUAUACUUCGGACAAUACAUUCUCAUCCCCAGAAUCGCCAGUAGAUUGUUUUAGCCGUCACGCAAUAAAAUUAAAUCGAGAACCACUUAGUGGGUGAAUUCAAGAAAAUUUAGCGAUAUUAUAGGUAGAUGAAGAAGUUACUUCCCCAAACUUCAGAUAUUUGUCGAAAUGUUCCGCACAAAUUUAUAGAGCCCAGUAUGGAACAAUCAUUUAUGUUUUUACAACAACUGUCUGAUUUCUCGCGCGCGAAACUUGCACGGGUGCUGCGCGUACUUUCUUAGCCUCGCAUUCGUUCCUCGCGGUUAAGAGUGGAAACCACAAAGCAAAGCAUUUUCAAGAUGGCGGCCAAACUGCACUAUUGGUGCCACUGUUGAUAGUACGUGUAAUAUCUGGUUUCAGUUCAAAAACAGAGAAGUUAUUUUGAUAAAUACAUCAAAGUGUAGUCGGUACCUGCGACAAACGGACAAUUGAAACGCAGUUGAUUGGAAAUUAGUUGUUCAAAGGCCUGGUUGCGUUACUUGUGUCCUAUAAAUUCUACGAUGACGAAAUAUUGUGGUGCAAUAUUCAGUGGAAGAGCUGGUAUAAAAACAAGGGCAUUCUAGUACUAGCUCACAGUUGAACUAGAAAGGGAUCAAUAACGCAGACAAGUUUUCCAUUUGGCUGGUCAACAGACAAGAUGGCGGCUUCAUCUAAUUCGAGACCCUACGUAUCGCUCUUUGACCAAGAGUUGAACGAUCUCUUGUGUGGUGUUCGUAUUAUCACGAAAGAUCUUGGCCAUGGAACAGGCAACGGCGAACAGCUAGAGCUAUGGAACAAAGAGCACAACCACGAAAAGGAUUCACAUGUACCUGAAGCUGGAGACAAGACUGGAAUGAGCUGUUCUGUUUGCCAAAUUGUAUUUGAGUCUGUUGAAAUCCAGAGAGAACACUUUAAGUUAGAUUGGCACAGAUUCAACUUGAAACAAAGACUCUUGAAGAAGCCAAUUCUGACAGAGGAUGCAUUUGAGGAAACUAUUUCUGGUGAGGUAUCCAGUAUUUCUGGUUCUGAUAGUGAUACAGAUAGUGAUGGUGACCUGACUCUGGAGUCUAAUCAGGACAGUAAACCAUUUAUCAAUAACCUAUUACCUGAAACACCAGAUGAAAAUGAGUCAUGCCCAACUGGACGACAACACCCCAAGGUGUUUUUUGUCAGUGGAGAGGGAGAAGUGUUGUCCGUUUAUCGUAGUGUGUUGCACUCAGUCAAGAAUAUCCCAGCCACAGCAGGUGAAACACUUUCUCUGUUUACAAGUCUACCAAAGAAGUGUUACUGGAUUAUAUUGAUGACGGCAGGAGGUCACUUUGCUGGAGCAGUGUUCAGUGGGAAAGAAGUUUUGACACACAAAACUUUCCAUCGAUACACAGUUAGAGCCAAACGAGGAACUGCACAGGGAGCUAGAGACUCACAGCAAGGUGGAAAACAACCGAAGUCUGCAGGAGCAAGUUUGAGACGGUACAAUGAAACUGCUUUGUUACAGGAGGUUCAGGAUCUCCUGGAGGCGUGGUCAAAGCACGUGGAACAGUCCGACAGGAUCUUUAUCAGGACACCUGCUUAUAAUAAAACAAUGUUCUUUGGAGGGAAAAAGCCUCCCUUUAAGAAAGAUGAUUCUCGCAUCAGAACGAUACCUUUUCCAACAAGGAGACCAACAUUCAACGAAGUUAAACGAGUUCACCAGGAGCUAUCCAGUGUUCAGUUACUGGGAAAGGACAGCGAUGCAGAGCUACAAGGUCUCCUUAAGGAGUUGACAGAGACAAAAACAAAGGAGAAUUUGUCUUUGGUUAACGAUGAUGAUAAAGUUCGAUUGUGGCAGAACAGUCAAACUACCAUCAGCAACAGUGAGGGAAAGGAACAUAAUACGCAACAAAGAAAUGACACUGAAAACAGUGAUGAACAUCAGCCUGGGUUAGAGUCGGAGCCUGGUACAGAGUCUCAAGCAAGACCUCAGGAAACGUCGAAAAAAACGAAAAGGAAGAAAGCUAAAAGUAAAAAAGCUGAGUUAGGGGACAUGUUGCAUAAUGGACAAAAAGUUUCUUCGGAAGAGCUUUUGUGGAAUCGACUUUACUGUGCUAUAGUGUCUGACAACAUAGAUGUGAUUUCAUCAGUUCUUGGAGCGAGCGUUAAAACCUCUGGAGAAAGCGGGUUAGGAACUAGUGGAGCCUGCUUACUUCAAGACACAAACCAGGCUUUGGACGAUACUAGCGCGCCUGAGAUAUCGGGCCAGGAAAAUAAUCAUAUUUUGGAAAGUGACGUUGAAGCAAACAUUAUCAGUGGUUUUGAAAGACGUGAGGAUAAUUUAAAUGUGAAUGACUCCAAUUUCGACGAGAAUUCAGAACCAUCGAGAAUUAACGUAAAUGAACAAUCCUAA